GCAUUUUGCUGAUCUUUCUGUUUUGCGGUGUUGGAAUUUCAGUCUCACCUUACAUCUAUAUAACUCUCUAGGUUUCUCUCUGUGAUACUCCAAAUAAACCAUUUAUUCUAGGCCUAGGUCAGCAGGUGUGCUAGAUAGAGUGAAGAGAACUAAAAAUUGAAAUUAAUAAUUGAUAACGGUUCGCGAUCCAAAUUCACAAAUGACAACUGAUUAGUUGCCUGAAGAAAAAAAAUAAUUCACAUAUCUGUGUUUCCCGCUGCGAGAGUGACAACGAAAGUGCCUUACAUUGUUUUCUGUUAUGUUAACCCGACGUUAGUUCUCCAUGGUCGGCUCGACCUUUUCAAAAAACAUGGGAAGUUAAUCUAGCCAUUGCAUCCGCUAAGAUAUAACCUUAAGGGUUGAAAAUUAAAAGUAAUGGAGGAUUGUAAGACCUUGUAAGGUGAAGUAGGAACAAUGAGAUCGGCUCUACGAGCUACGGCGUGCCAGGACGAAGAGUCGAGUAAAAGACGAAAUGUGAUAUCGAGAAAAUACCAACAAUUAUCCUUAAAAACAGCGGAAAGAGGAAAAAGUUCGGAGAAGAUAUGGAACAGAGUUAAGAUUAAUAUCAGUGGAAUGAUUUUUGAGACUUUUGAGUCAACGCUCGCACGUUUUCCUGACACCUUACUGGGAUGCCCAGACAAAAGACGAAAAUACUACGAUACUCAACAUGAAGAAUAUUUUUUCAACAGAAACCGUAAUGCUUUUGAUGCUAUUUUAUUUUUCUAUCAAUCGGAAGGAGUCCUUGUUCGGCCAGAAACCGUAUCGCUUCAAAAUUUCUACAACGAACUUGAAUUUUUCCAGGUUGGAAAAGAAGUUGUGGAACAGUACAUGAAGGACGAAGGGAUACUCGUCGAAAAAGACCCUCGAGAUAGAGUUCUGCCAGCCAGUCCUGCUAUGAGAAUUAUCUGGCUGUGUUUUGAGUAUCCACAUAGUUCAGAAUAUGGAAAACUCCUUGCUUGUUGGUCUGUUUUGUUUAUUUUUAUUUCAAUCUUUGUUCUCUGUGCCGAGACUUUACCGCCAAAUGCCGACGAAAAUAUCGCAAGGGAAACCCGACUUUCGUACGAAGCAAUCGAAAUUGCAUGUGUUGUCUGGUUCACCAUCGAAAUAAUUAUUCGUUUUAUUUGUUGUCCUCAGAAACAGAGGUUUUUGAAGGACUUUUUGAACUAUAUUGAUCUAGCAGCUGUUUUACCGUUCUAUACCAAGCUUAUCCUCGGUUCACCGGAAUUUGACAGACUUGGAGUUAUGAACGCUUUCCGCCUGUUACGAGUUUGCAGAAUUUUUAAACUUUCUCGGCAUCUCGAAGUACUGCAAGUCUUGGGCCGAACGGUCGUAGCAACUUGGAGAGAAUUAUUAAUGAUUCUGUUUUUCAUUAUAAUAAGCAUGAUAAUGUUUUCUGGUUUGACGUAUUACGCUGAAUACGAAGCUCAAAAAGACAAGUUUACAAGUAUUCCUGACACGUCAUGGUUUGUCAUCGUGACUUUGACCAAUGUUGGUUACGGAGAUGCUGUACCCGUGACCGCUUUGGGGAAAAUCCUCGGAACCGCUUGUGCGUUGGUUGGAGUCUUAGCAAUAGCUUUACCAAGUCCAGUAAUUGCAACACGUUUUAAGCAAUUUUACAAUCAAGAAAAGUUAGAAAGAAAUCAGGGGAUUUUGGUUGUUUCGUCAUCUACAGCAACAGCAGAUAGGACAGAUAUUACUGACAUUUCUUUAGCUUGAGCAUAAUGUUAUAUUUACCGACAUCAAUCAUAGGAUACUACUUAACAAACACUCGUUUAAGGCAAACGUGAAACGUCAGUUGACCAUUAAAAAAUUCUYUAAAAUUAGUGAAAAGGAAUCGCAAAAAUCUCCAAGUAGUAGAUAAACAAAAAAAUUACUAGUCUUUGUCGAGAUUGAAGGUUUGCAAGGUAAAGUGAAAUGUAGGGAAACGAUGAAAACGUGGUCUGCACGUUUGCCGUUUGCGGGAAGGAAAAACGUAAAUCUUAAUCUGCCUACUAACACUUCAUGGGCUACAUAAUAAAACUAUUAGUAUUGAAACACGUAUCAGUUAUUAUGUGUAUAUAUUUUGUAACGUCCGAGGAUGAACUUGUUACGAAAUCCACAGUAACUACUUUCUCAAAUACAGGUGCUUUUGAAAUUUACUAAGCUUUACUACAAUU